UUACUAGAAAAAAAUACUAAAUGACAGCCAGGAUCUGUCACAAAAACGCGCGUUUAUUGUUUGUUGUGGAAUCAUGUUUUCGUGAAUUUUAAUCGAAAAAUUAAGCAAAGAAUCUCUCAAAAUGACUAAAACAGUGCGUGAACUGCUCCAAAAUGGGGCUUCGUAUGAUGAAACGGAUCGAAUGCCGGACAAAAUAACCAUAACAAACUUGGAUCUCUUCAUGUACAUGGUAGCAAUUAUUGGUCAUUUUGUGGACUUGGGGCUGGAUAUAAACGUUGCUGUAAGGUAUUCUAUAGCCAGGAAGAUGACGGAGUUUGGGUGGACGCUGGCGUUCAUCCUGGUGCCUGCAUUCAUUAAUACAGCAGUCUCUAUUCGAAUGUAUUCCCUGGAUAAGAAGCAGGAUUCCUUAACAAAUGAGUUCACAAAGCGCAAGUGGCUGCGGAUCUUCAUCUUAGUUUUACAAAUGGCGCCCAUACUACGGUUCACUGAUGCACUUAUCUACGCAAUAAAGUCUCGUCGUGCAGAACGCAAGCACGACACAGUGAACCAGCGAGUGUACUACUCCCUGAUGCUGAAGGAGGACUCGGACGCCGCUCUGCUGCGUAUCUUCGAGUGCUUCCUCGAGGCCGCGCCGCAGCAGGUGCUGCAGACCAGCCUGCUGCUCAGAGCCAACCCUCAGUUCACUGUCCACCAGCUCCUAUCGAUCGCAUCAUCUAUCAUAGGCAUGGGCUGGUGCCUGGCCGCGUACCAGCGAGCCGUCCGCUUCUACCAGCAGGACAAGUACAACAUGAGCUGGACUGGCACCGCUCUGCAGACUGUCUGGCACUUCCUUGUUACAUUGAGCCGUAUAAUCUCAAUCUCAGUGAUAGCCUACCUGUAUCCUCACUGGACGAUCCUGGCCUGCGCCAUCCACAUCCUCGUCACCGCCACACUCAUACAGAUCUUCGACCGUUCUCCCUUCUGCUCGCACAACCGCCUCGCAGAUAUAGCGUUCUCUUUCGCACUCGGCGGCGUCUACCUCUUCACAUACAUCCUUCCCGUAGAAGGUAAAACGCGAUACAGAUAUGCUAUAUACUACAGCAUAUGUUUCAUACAAAAUGUCGUAUGUGGCGCCAUCUGGUACACAUAUGUAACUAAUGAAAUGAGACGAUCUUUUUAUUUCUUCCCAAUUUUAGCGUUUACUGUAGUUCCUUAUGUGGUAGGUUUGGUAGUAAUGGUUAUUUAUUACAGGUUUUUCCAUCCUAAGAUCAGUAAGCGUGGGUUAAGUGUGACUUUUGUUAACGAUAGGGCUCCAGCUGAUGUUAGUUAAUGUUGGGGGAAGUUAUAAAUGUAAUAAUUGUUGCCUUGAGAUUGUUGUCAGUAAUGUUACAUAUCAAUUUGGUUCAUGCCUAAUAAUAGGGCUCUGAUUCCUGUUUGUUUUCCUCAGAAAACGUAUUUAUGUAUUUUUUAGGAACCUUGUUGUUCCAUGUUGCUAGUAAAAUAAAGAGUAUUUCAAAUUACUCGAGUAACGCGCUAAUAAUACCAACGCAUAAUAAAAAUAUAUCGUCGCAAAUUGCGUUAACACUCCAUUUGCUAUCUACUCCAUGCUCAAAAUGAGAUCUAUGAACAAUUAUUAUUUUUGAUCAACUAGUGCUUGAUUUAGAACAAUAUAUUUUAUUAUUAAGCAAUAUUACGUACUUUUACAACUUUUUACUGCAUACUAGGUUAAUUUAAAUUAUAUAAAGAUGGUGAUAAAUAAGGUAUUAAAUCGUAUUCUGAUUGUAAGAGUUACCUUUAGGAUUUUGGAUCUAGAAAGAAUAGUUUUUAUGCAUAUCUUUGUGGAUGCUCAAUGAAAAUCCAUAUGGGUGCUCCAAAGACUGUCUAGUUUUAAGAAUUUUAUGAACUUUUCAUUUAAAAAUAAUAAGUAGCCAAGUUUAUAACUAUUUUGGUACCAAGUAGAUAUUUUUGUACUUAAUACUUAUGAAAUUUUUUCAGUGAAUCUCGAACAAUACUCGCCAAAUGUUUACAGUUUUACUCCCAGUACAUAAUAUAUUUUUAAUAAAUUAUUUUAUAUUAA